AUAUCUCUCUACAAAUCUCCUUCCUGCUGACAUAGAACCCUUGUCAAUGSCCGCUAGGGUUUAUGUUUAAGGCCAAAAUUCCUUAAAUCCAAAUCUCUCUCUCUCUAUAGCCUCGAAUGUGUUUCCUCAUCAAUCUCUCCCAUUCAAAUCCAUCUUCGCAUGGUCAAAGAUGCCCUCCAAUUCCUCGCUUACCUCCGACGAAUCUCCCGUUUUCCCUCCCCUUUUACCUGCAACAAGCUUCUCCACUCUCUCGUCAACUCCGGCUGCGGCGAACUCUCCGCAAAAUUACUUUUCCAUUUCCUCUCCAAAGGCUACUCUCCCCAUCCCUCUUCUUUCAACUCCAUCAUCUCCUUUUUCUGUAGAUUAGGGCGCGUUGAAUUUGCCCAACAGAUUUUGCAUUCGAUGCCCAGGUUUGGCUGCUCGCCUGAUAUUGUAUCUUACAAUUCAUUGUUAKAUGGGUUCUGUGUAAAUUAUCAAAUUCGGAAGGCUUGUUUUCUUGUGAACAGAGUUCGUGGGAGUGAGUUGAGUCCUGAUUUGGUUAUGUUUAAUAUACUGUUUAAUGGUUUUGCUAAGGUUUAUAUGAAGAGAGAGGCGUUUAUGUACCUGGGUUUGAUGUGGAAAUUCUGUUUGCCUAAUGUUGUUACUUAUGGGACGUUUAUUGAUAUGUUCUGUAAGAUGGGGGAUAUGGAAAUGGGUAAUGGAAUGUUUUUGGAUAUGGUGAAGGUGGGGGUUGUGCCUAAUUUUGUUGCUUUUAGCUCCUUGAUUGAUGGGUAUUGUAAGGCUGGGAGUUUGGAUAUUGCAUUUCAAUACUUUGAGAAAAUGGAGGAAUGUUCGGUUCAGCCAAACGAGUUCACGUAUGCUACAUUAAUUGAUGGUUGCUGCAAGCAGGGGAUGUUGGGAAGAGCUGAUUUAUUGUUUGAGAAGAUGUUGAAUGUUGGUAUUUCACCUAAUUGUACUGUUUACACUUCGAUAAUUGAUGGACACUUUAAGAAGGGAAAUGUAGAUGAUGCGACGAAGUAUAUAAACAGAAUGUUUGAUCGAGAGAUUAGACUAGAUUUAACAGCUUAUACGGUAGUUAUCUCGGGCUUUCGCAGAGUUGGUAGGUUGCAGAAGGCAAUGGAAGCUGCAGAAGAUGUGGUGAAGAAUGGAUUGCUUCCUGAUGGGAUAAUAUUGACAGCUAUUAUGGAUCUGCAUUUCAAAGCUGGAAACUUAAAAGAAGCUUUGAAUUCGUACCAAAAAUUGCUGGCUAGGGGUUUUGAGCCUGAUGCCAUGACACUAUCCACCCUGAUGGAUGGUCUAUGCAAGCACGGGUAUGUACAAGAGGCUAGACGGUAUUUAAUCAGAGAAAAGGCCAAUGAAGUUCUAUACACAGUGCUUAUAGAUGCACUCUGCAAGGAGGGGAGUUUAGAUGAAGUUGAGAGAAUCAUUGAGGAGAUGUCUGAGGCAGGGUUUGUUCCUGAUAAAUAUGUGUACACUUCUUGGAUUGCAGAGCUUUGCAAGCAAGGAGAUUUGCUGAAGGCUUUCUUGAUCAAGAAAAGGAUGGUUCGAGAACACAUAGAACCCGAUUUGUUAACCUAUAGCUCCCUCAUUUGUGGUAUGGCCGAGAAGGGACUAAUGAUAGAAGCCAAACAGGUUUUUGAAGACAUGUUAAAUAAAGGAAUAACUCCAGAUUCUGUUGCUUGUAACAUUCUUAUAAGAGGGUACCAUAAGCUGGGUAAUGAAGCUGCAAUUUUAGGACUACAUGAUGAAAUGAGAAAGAGAGGAAUUGUUAUUCGAGAUKUAAAUUGAUUCACCAGACAUUGAAACCCUGCCUUUGCCCUUCGAUUUACUCGGCAACCUUCCAUUCGAGAAGCCAAGACGCAUGUGAUUCGCGUCGGUUAUUGGAUCGUGGUUUUAGAGAUUGUGUGGGAUAUUUCAGACUGUAGUGAAAAUUCAGCGAGAUAGAGAGAGAGAUUCAAAGUCAUAUAUUCCUUUGCUUAUCAUAGGAUCCAAAAGCCUCCACAUGUUCAAUUCAUGCUAAUCACAUGCAGGUUAUUGGCGAUUUCACAUAAGAUUUUGUUCUGCUCCUGCUACUGAUUAUGAGCUCUGGCAAUACAAUGUGCAUAUAACAAUUCCUGAGAUACAGCUGCUAUUGAAUGAAGAAAAUUACUAUUUUUGCAAGUCAGAGAAUUUUAGAUCUUUAUUCAAUCCAUUGAAGUUGUAACAAGCCAAAACAAACAGAGACACAGGCAUUGUUGCUUAUGAAGAAGCUCAAAAUAGAGACAGAAAUAGGCUAACUGUAUGAUCAAUUACUUCCUCAUGAUGAAUGUGAUUACUUUGAUGAUGUUAUGUAAAAUCUUCCAUGUGAAUAAUGGUUAUGUGGAUUGUUUUAGUUUCUAUUUAAUACUUAAAUUUUGACAAAGUUUCGAYCAAGUUUGUAAAGAAACUUUAGAUUAUGCAUCUAUUCAAUUAUAAGUCAUAACAUUGUCAAACAGGAUGUGAUGUGGGUCAACU